UCCAAAUAUUUGAAUAUUUUAUUGCUCGUUUUCUAUUAAAACGCGAUCGAAUACUUGACAUGAUAUUGGAUGAAUGUUAUCUUAUCAGAACAUAAGACGAUCUUCAAAUUUUAAUGGAUUUGAUCUCUACCUAUUAUUUGUUCACGUGUGUAUUGAUCAUGACAUGGCAUCAUCGAUAAUAACAUGUUAUAUUUUAAAACAAAAGUGCCCUUUGCUUUGUGUGGCAUAAGUGUUAGAUAACUGGACGAAAGGUUCAGUGACACAGAGAAAAGAACGCGACAAUACAACAAUCGAAGAGGAUAAUUGCAAAACUAAUAUUGCACUGGCAUAAUACUCCGUAAACGCAUUGAAGUUUGUCAGUAAAGAACUGGACUUACAUUUCAAAGUGUUUCAAAUAAGGCGAUAAUUAGAAAAUGGAUUAUUAAAAUAAGACAGGAACCCAUUUUCACCUUUGAGCGGUGCCAACCUACAAUACUCAAAAUAUGGGCUGUUUUAUAGUAAACACAUUGUGUUUGUAAACAUUUCACAUCUGAAUUAAAAUGCAGUCUCGUAUUGCUUCUUUAAAGAUGCCGUCGUCAUGGAACGAGUAUAUAUCGCUCGUACUGACGGACAGUGGCUUCGUGACGAAUAGCGCCAUCUACGGCACGGAGGGGCGGAAGUGGGCCUCAACUCCCGGAUAUGGCGUUACCAGUGACGAAAUAAAAACUCUUGUGUUUGGAUUCAUCGAUCCAUCAAAACUAUGGAAGGACGGUGUUCGGGUCGGAGGACGGACGUUCACAUGCACACGUGCGGAGAGCGGUCUGAUCGUGGGCCGAGAAAGCACGGAGGGCGCGGGAUGUGUCGUGUUCCGGUGUAAUAAGUGUCUAGUGAUAGCUACGCACGAGGAAGGUGCACACCCAGGCGGCUGUUAUAAUGUGGUGACUAAACUAGGGGAAUAUUUAAAGGAGCAAGAUUUCCAUCUGCCAUGCCUUUUGAACAAUCGUUCAGGGACACCCCCAUUAGCAGCCGCCGUAGCACCCCCUGAACGGAAAGAAUGAAGCCCAUACUUUUCAGGGUUCAUGCCCAUAAAUUUGAUUUUUUCCCAACAAAAUUUCCCUGGCUCUACUAUACGACAUGGGUUUUACACCCGAUAAUACACAUCUUUUUG